AUGAAUAGCAACCCAUCAUCGGUUGGUUAUAAUCAGCAGAGUAAAAUCAUGGAAGAAGUUAUGAUGAGCGGCAAUAUCCCCAUCCCGGCACCAGGACGAACUGGAAUGAUGAGUGGCGGUGGUGGUGUUGUCCCGCCAGUGCUACUCGAUGAAGCCCGAGUGCCACGGUUCUAUCGCGAUGCCAUAGCUGCCUGUGGUGCCACACAACAAAAUAUGCUUCCACAUACUGCUUUAGUGUACAAUUUGAUGGUAACGUCGGGUUUACCAAGACCAGUCCUUUCCUACAUAUGGUCAGCGGUGAAUCGAACUCUUCCUGGUCAGCUGACUCGUCCGGAAUUCUUUUCCUGUUUGGCACUCAUUGCUUUAGCGCAGAAGGGCGAAUCCUUGGCAGCUUUAUCGACAAUGUCUUCACUUCCCAUUCCAUUUCUCCAGUCUGUGCAAGUGCCUCUAAACCAACCGCUGGCCGCCCCUGUGGUCAAUGUAGCGAAGCCUACAGCUCCUCCACCUAAGGAACAGCGCCAGGGUUCAUCGUUUAUUCCUACUUCCCUGCUGAUGGGGAGACGCAGCCAUGCGAAAAAGAAGGAGGUGGAUUUGAUGGGAGAAGCUCUACCACAAACGACGAAAUCGGCAGGCCAAGACGAAGGAGGAAUGACAUCACCGGUCCUUCCACCCCCUAUACCAGGUCCAUCAAAGUCAGGGCACCAGAGUCAUGUUACUACAAACUCGGUCACAAACGGUUUCAAUGCUAAUUCGAACUCAGCGAUGAAUGAUUUAUGCAGCAUUGAUUGGUCUUCAAUGGCUCCCACGCAAGCCGCCACAGCUUCGCGUGACUUGAACUCUCCAACAACCGGCUCGUCGAGAAGUGAUGAAGAUGUGUCGACAGCAAGCAGUUUCUCGAUGGCCUGCUCGACAGCAUCGGAAAUCAACGGCUGCGCUCAAGUAACCCAUGCGAUAAGUACAGAAUUGCUGGAGUGCUGGGAAAAAGUCAUCGGUGCUGCGACAGAAAUUUUCAAGACUGCUGACAGACUGCUGGCCUCGGCGAAUGACGACGUGCCUAAAUCAUCUGUAUUUUGUCGUGUGCCGGGUCGAACGAUCAGCGAAGUUGGAGCUACCAAAAGGUGUCGGGAAGAAAUUGAUUACUGCACAAGGAUUUGGAAACGUCUGGUUGAUUUCAUCGAAGAUCCGGAGGAAGAGGAUAGAGCUGGUACAGCGGAGAAGUGCCUAAAUCAUCUGUAUUUUGUCGUGUGCCGGGUCGAACGAUCAGCGAAGUUGGAGCUACCCAAAGGGUGUCGGGAAGAAAUUGAUUACUGCACAAGGAUUUGGAAACGUCUGGUUGAUUUCAUCGAAGAUCCGGAGGAAGAGGAUAGAGCUGGUACAGCGGAGAAACCUUGUGCGAUCUGCUGCCAGCCGGUGUCUCGAGCAGUCUACUUUGGUGGUCAAACAUAUCACUCGGAAUGCGCCAAUUUGUGGGUGAAUGAUGUGAACUCUCUGCUCCCGAAUAUGCAUUUGGUUUCAUAA